UGGAAUUUUGGACUAGAAAUAAAGCGUAAAACCAUGGGUUUACCAGCCUAACUAGUUGGUAACCUUUGAAUGAUGUGGUCAAAACUUUUGAUUAAAGGUCUCUAGCUACUUAAUCAAACACCUUUGGGGUACUCACCAAGAACAAGUAUUUGAUGCAAUUUGAAUCCAUGGUAGUCUCGCGAUUGUGGUCUUCAUCUCCAUGGCAAGAAGCGUGUCGAGCAUGUCGUUGGUUGAGGCAUAGCUCUCCGGUCUUUAUCCGGUUUUUUACCUCAAAUCUAAGCCGGAAUAUGAGAUUGCAUUGUUUGCUAUCCGGUUCCAGUUCGAGUUAUACGGUCCGGUUUCGGGUAAAACCAAACAGUCCGGGACCAAAUAGCCAGCCCUAAAAGUGGAAACCAACAUUUUAGACCUUAGUGACUAAUUGAUCACUAAUCCCAAAGUUCAGUGGCCAUUUAUGUAAAUUGGCCCGCCAAGAGAGCCCACCUUGGAUCAAAUCAAAGUCAAACUCUCGUCAAUCGUCAUCGUGAGUUAAUCCAAAGAUUUUAAACAAAAACAAAAGAAAAGGAAGAAAAGCUCUUUGAUUGAAAAUCAGUUGCCGGCCGGCGUAAUCCCCAAAUCACCGGCCAAAAGACCAAUUUGGGGGAGAAGGGCGAUGAAGGGACUAACCCUUUCCCCAGCAAGCCAUUGCUUUCCCAAUCUCCCGGGCAAAAACCCAACAACAGACCCACAACCAAUACAGAAAUGCUUCCCGAUUCAAUCCAUCACCAAACAUCGUCGGCAAUCACUCAUUCUCCCUUCGAUCGCCGUCAAAUCCUCCCAAAACCCUCAUCAAUUCUCGGCGACCCAGCACCACGAUUCGCCGCCUCUGGUCGUGGUGGGCUCCGCCAACGCCGACAUAUACGUCGAAAUCGACAGGCUGCCCAAGGAAGGAGAGACCAUCUCGGCCAGCAACGGCCAGACGCUCGCCGGCGGGAAGGGCGCCAACCAGGCGGCCUGCGGCGGAAAGCUUUCUUACCCGACUUACUUUGUGGGUCAGGUUGGGGAGGACGCCCACGGGAAUUUGAUCGCUAAAGCUCUCAGAAAUGGCGGGGUGCGUCUCGAUCAUUUGAGGAACGUUGGUGAUGGUGUGCCGACUGGGCAUGCCGUCGUGCUGCUGCAGGCUGGUGGGCAGAACUCCAUUAUCAUUGUUGGUGGAGCUAACAUGAGCUGCUGGCCUGAGAAGCUCGGGAAUCAGGAUUUGGAGAUUGUGAAGAAUGCUGGGAUUGUUUUGCUUCAGCGAGAGAUUCCUGAUUCCGUGAACAUCCAAGUUGCUCAGGCAGCAAAAGAUGCUGGCGUUUCCGUAAUUUUGGAUGCUGGUGGAAUGGAUACGCCUAUACCAGCUGAACUGCUCAGAUCCGUGGACAUCUUUAGCCCAAAUGAAACUGAGCUUGCCCGAAUCACUGAGAUGCCAACUGAAAGCUUCGAGCAAAUUGAAGAGGCUGUCAAGAAGUGCCACAAUAUGGGAGUAAAACAGGUCCUUUUGAAGCUUGGUUCAAAAGGGUCUGCCUUAUUUGUAGAAGGUGAAAAGCCGAUUAAGCAGCCUAUCAUACCAGCGGCAAGAGUUCUGGAUACUACAGGAGCUGGAGAUACUUUUACUGCUUCCUUUGCAGUUGCACUUGUAGAAGGGAAGUCGAAAGAAGAAUGCUUGAAAUUUGCUGCUGCGGCAGCUUCUCUUUGUGUUCAAGUCAAGGGAGCCAUCCCCAGUAUGCCUGAUCGGGCGUCGGUUACCGAUCUUCUUCAAACUGCCCAAGUUUCUUGAAGGAGAGGUAAAGACUAUAGAUGUUUUCUAGCUUCAGAAAGGCUAGAAAAGAAAUUUUCAGUAGUCUCAAAGGCAAGAGGAUAUAAAUUUG